GUAUAUUUAAGCCUCCCGCGCGGGCUGCACCAAUGGCCGGGGUGAGGGUGGCGGCCAACCAGCGCAGCGCAUUCCACAUCUUGGCCUUGCCAUUGCCAGUGUGUUGAGGACUGCCGCCGCUACGCCACAUCCCUGCCUCCUCACGCCUUCCCACAGUCACCAUGGCCGAGCAAGAAGACCUGGCCACCGCUAUCCUGAAGGAGAAGAAGAAGCCGAACCGUUUGGUGGUGGAAGAUGCGGUCAAUGAUGACAACUCGGUGGUGGCGCUCAGCCAGGCCAAGAUGGAUGAGCUGCAGCUGUUCCGCGGCGACACCGUCCUCAUCAAGGGCAAGAAGCGGAAGCAGACAGUGUGCAUCGUGCUGUCUGACGAGACCAUGAGUGACGACAAGAUCAGAAUGAACAGAGUGGUCAGGAACAACCUCCGUAUCCGCCUAGGUGACAUCGUGGCCAUCCAGCCGUGCCCGGAUGUCAAGUAUGGGAAGCGCAUCCACGUCCUCCCCAUUGAUGACACAGUGGAGGGGCUCACCGGCAACAUCUUUGAGGUGUAUCUCAAACCUUACUUCCUGGAGGCCUACCGUCCCAUCCACAAGGGCGACCUGUUCCUGGUGCGCGGAGGUAUGCGGGCAGUGGAGUUCAAGGUGGUGGAGACGGACCCUGCCCCCUACUGCAUCGUCUCCCAGGACACCGUUAUCUACUGCGAGGGGGAGCCUGUUAAGCGAGAGGAGGAGGAGGAGCAGCUGAAUGAGGUUGGCUACGAUGACAUUGGAGGUUGCCGCAAGCAGCUGGCCCAGAUCAAAGAGAUGGUGGAGCUGCCCCUGCGACACCCCUCCCUCUUCAAGGCCAUCGGCGUCAAGCCACCGCGAGGCAUCCUGUUGUAUGGUCCGCCGGGUACAGGCAAGACUCUGAUUGCCCGAGCCGUGGCCAACGAGACGGGUGCGUUCUUCUUCCUCAUCAACGGCCCAGAGAUCAUGUCCAAGCUGGCAGGCGAGUCCGAGAGCAACCUGCGGAAGGCCUUUGAGGAGGCCGAGAAGAACGCCCCGGCCAUCAUCUUCAUUGACGAGAUUGACGCCAUCGCCCCCAAGAGAGAGAAGACUCACGGUGAGGUGGAGCGGCGCAUCGUGUCCCAGCUACUGACGCUGAUGGACGGCCUGAAGCAGCGGGCACAUGUCAUCGUCAUGGCCGCCACCAACAGGCCCAACUCCAUCGACCCGGCCCUCAGGAGGUUUGGCCGAUUUGACCGUGAGGUGGACAUCAGCAUUCCCGACACAACUGGUCGUCUGGAGGUUCUCAGGAUCCACACCAAGAACAUGAAGCUCUCAGACGAUGUGGACCUGGAGCAGAUCGCGGCCGAGACUCACGGCCACGUGGGCGCUGACCUGGCGGCCCUGUGCUCCGAGGCGGCCCUCCAGCAGAUCAGGGAGAAGAUGGACCUCAUUGACUUGGAUGAUGACCAGAUUGAUGCGGAGGUGCUGAACUCCCUAGCCGUCACAAUGGAGAACUUCAGGUUUGCCAUGGGUAAGAGCACGCCCUCGGCCCUCAGGGAGACGGUCGUGGAGGUGCCCAACAUCACCUGGAACGACAUUGGUGGCCUCGAGAACGUCAAGAGGGAGCUGCAGGAGCUGGUUCAGUACCCUGUGGAGCAUCCCGACAAGUUCCUCAAGUUUGGCAUGACCCCCAGCAAGGGCGUCCUCUUCUACGGACCCCCGGGCUGUGGUAAGACGCUACUGGCCAAGGCGAUCGCUAAUGAGUGCCAGGCCAACUUCAUCUCCAUCAAGGGACCCGAGCUGCUCACCAUGUGGUUCGGCGAGUCUGAGGCCAAUGUGCGCGAUGUGUUCGACAAGGCCCGAUCGGCAGCUCCCUGUGUACUGUUCUUUGACGAGCUGGACAGUAUUGCCAAGGCCAGAGGCGGCUCCGCGGGUGAUGGUGGCGGUGCUGCGGACAGAGUCAUCAACCAGGUGCUGACGGAGAUGGACGGCAUGGGGGCCAAGAAGAACGUGUUUAUCAUCGGUGCCACCAACAGGCCGGACAUCAUUGACCCGGCCAUCCUGCGUCCCGGCCGCCUCGAUCAACUCAUCUACAUCCCGCUGCCCGACGAGAAGUCCCGUGUCCAGAUCCUGAAGGCCUGCCUCAGGAAGUCCCCCGUGUCCAAGCGCGUGGACCUGGAUUAUCUGGCCAAGGUGUCCCACGGGUUCUCCGGCGCUGACUUGACGGAGAUCUGCCAGCGGGCCUGCAAGCUUGCCAUCAGACAGGCCAUCGAGGCAGACAUUCGCCGUGAGAAGGAGCGGGCCGAGGGAGACAACAUGGACAUGGAGGAGGAGGACCCAGUACCGGAGAUCACCCGGGACCACUUUGAGGAGGCCAUGAAGUUCGCCCAUCGUUCCGUCUCCGACAACGACAUCCGCAAGUACGAGAUGUUCUCCCAGACGCUACAGCAGAGUCGCGGCUUUGGCUCCAACUUCCGCUUCCCGGACCAGCAGGGGCAGGGCGGCAGCAGUCAGGGCGGGAACUUCGGGAAUGACGGGGAGGACGACGAUCUCUAUUCCUAAGUCCUUCCCUGUCGUCCUGUGAGCCCUCGACCUGCCUGCCGCUCCUGGUGUUAUCGUCGCUGCUGCUGCCACCACCGCCACCACCACCACCACCAUACCACCACUAAUACUACUGCUGGUGAUGCUGCUGCUGCUGGUGGUGGUGCUGUUGUUGCUUCUUCCAUCAGUUCAAACCUCACAGACACAGCAUCAGCCAGUCAGUCAGUCAGCCAGCCAUUCCAUCGCCACCACAGCAGCAGUCACAGUUUAAUCAGUGAGCGGUGUGAGGAGAGAGAGAGGGAAUGAACGGCAUCAGUUAGGGUAACCAUACAAUCAGGCAAGCGAGGACUGGUGAGGCACAUUGACACACCCACACACACGCGCACACACACAGACACCCACACACGAUGUAAUUAGUAAACAAGAGCUGGGCUGAGUGUAAGAUGUCCCUUGGAUGGGCCUAGGAGCCACCACCCCUCCCUGGCAGACAGUCGCUCGGGGGUGGCUCGGUGGUGUUUGCUGCUGGUCAGGGUAUUUACUAGAUUAAGGGCAUUCAGCCACCUUCCUGGGUGAGGGCGGGGCAGGAGCACCGCCCCCCUCGCCCUGUCCUCCACCACCACCACCACCAGAAGGCACACAGGCCUGGCCUUGCCCCUGCCGGAGGAGGAGGCAGGACAGAUACGCUCCGAGAGUAUACUGGGAGCUUGAGAUGUUUUAUAUUGUAGACACUUGUGGUGUUAUUUUUGUGUAUUAGGGAAGAGCAAGUUUGCAUUCUGGUAAUUCAAUUUAGGACUCAUGAGUUAAAAUAGGCUUAAGGAUUUUAUUUUUUCUUCUUUUUAAUUUCCUUUGUAUUGUGAGCAUCAGACUCUUUUUGGACCCCGAGGGUGUUGUGCUCUGGCGAGGGGGAGGCUGCGCGUGAUGCAGGGCGUCGGUGUAUCAUAAUUACCUGUUUAAGUGUUGAUACAUAAACUUAACCUUUUCUUACACAUUAAAGAGAAGUCUUGAAGAAA